UGUGGCCACGAGGCAGCAACAACCAGAUCACAGAGCGUUGGUGAAAACACAAAAAAGAUAAGAUUUUUCACUUCAUCAAUGGCCUCUGCUUCUCUCCUCAAAUCCUCCCCUGUUCUUGACAAGUGCGAGUGGGUUAAGGGCCAAUCCCUCCGCCAGCCACCCCUCUCCGCCGUCCGCUUCCACCCCACCGCCGCUCCCUCCACCCUCAUCGUCCGUGCCGGCUCCUACGCCGAUGAGUUGGUCAAAACCGCCAAAACCAUUGCGUCUCCGGGACGUGGGAUUUUGGCCAUGGAUGAGUCCAAUGCAACCUGUGGCAAGCGGCUGGCGUCGAUCGGGUUGGAGAACACUGAGGCGAACCGUCAGGCUUACAGAACUCUUCUCGUGACACCGCCGGACCUCGGCAAGUACAUCUCCGGCGCUAUACUUUUCGAGGAGACUCUGUACCAAUCCACCGUCGACGGCGAGAAGAUUGUCGACGUUUUGGUUAAGCAAGGCAUUGUUCCUGGAAUCAAAGUCGAUAAGGGGUUGGUGCCACUUGCUGGUUCGAACAAUGAAUCAUGGUGUCAAGGUCUCGAUGGGCUUGAUUCUCGUGCAGCUGCUUACUAUCAGCAGGGUGCUCGUUUCGCCAAAUGGCGCACAGUCGUGAGUAUUCCCAAUGGCCCAUCGGCGCUCGCUGUCAAGGAAGCUGCUUGGGGGCUUGCUCGCUACGCUGCUGUCUCCCAGGAAAAUGGGUUGGUUCCAAUCGUCGAACCGGAGAUCUUGCUCGAUGGCGAGCACGGAAUCGACAGAACAUUCGAAGUGGCACAGAAAGUUUGGGCAGAGGUGUUCUUCUACUUAGCAGAAAACAAUGUUUUGUUUGAAGGAAUUCUUCUGAAACCAAGCAUGGUUACUCCUGGAGCUGAGUGCAAAGAGAAAGCCACCCCUCAGCAAGUGGCAGAGUACACUCUGUCUCUUCUCAAACGAAGAAUCCCUCCAGCUGUUCCUGGAAUCAUGUUUUUAUCAGGUGGGCAAUCAGAGGUAGAAGCCACAUUGAACCUGAACGCCAUGAACCAAGCACCAAACCCAUGGCAUGUAUCCUUCUCCUACGCUAGAGCCCUGCAAAACACUUGCUUGAAGACAUGGGGUGGCCUGCCAGAGAAUGUGAAGGCAGCACAGGAUGCUCUGAUUCACCGAGCCAAGGCGAACUCGCUCGCUCAGCUCGGGAAGUACAGCAGUGAGGGCGAGACUGCCGAGGCAAGUGAGGGAAUGUUCAUCAAGAACUACUCGUACUGAUCGAUGAAGAACAUGAUGAAGAUGCUUUAUAGCGAUUUAAAAAGAACACAAAACUGUUUUUGUGUAUUCUUAGCAGCUUAAUGAACAUUUUGUUGAUGAAUUUAGUUUAGUUUGGUGUUUUGAAUCUAUGUAAGAUGCUUGAAUUUGCAUGAAUCAUGAGCUUAUAUAUAUUAUAAUCA